UGCCCUCUCUUUGAUAACUCUUAAACCUCUUUUGAUUCAGCAGGUCACCGCUACACUCACUCAAUCUCUCUUGAAUUAAUUUCUUGUGUCCAGUUUGAGGUCUUUGCAUGGAUACUAAAUCAGCUGUUGAUUUGAUGGAGUCUUCCUCCGAGGUUCACUUUUCUGGAUUUCACAUGGAUGGUUUUGAGCAAAGAAAGUCAGGCAUGGAACAACCGACAACAUCGGCGACUGACAUGUAUAAACAACCAUUUGUCAUAGGUGUUGCUGGUGGUGCAGCAUCAGGCAAGACUGCAGUUUGUGAUAUGAUUAUUCAGCAACUUCAUGAUCAACGAGUUGUAUUAGUUAAUCAGGAUUCUUUUUACCAUAACUUGACUGAAGAGGAACUUGCUCGUGUACAGGAUUACAACUUUGACCAUCCUGCAGAUGCUUUUGAUACUGAGCUAUUGCUAUGUGUUAUGGACAAGUUGAAGCGUGGUGAGGCAGUAGAUAUUCCAAAGUACGACUUCAAGAGUUACAAGAGUGAUGUGUAUCCAAAAAGAAGGGUAAACCCCUCAGAUGUUAUAAUUUUGGAAGGGAUCCUUGUUUUCCAUGAUCCACGUGUUCGGGAGUUGAUGAAUAUGAAGAUAUUUGUUGAUACAGAUGCUGAUGUUCGUCUGGCGAGAAGGAUUAGACGAGAUACUGGCGAGAAGGGUCGGGAUAUUGCAGUAGUUCUUGAUCAGUAUUCGAAAUUUGUGAAACCAGCUUUUGAUGAUUUUAUUCUCCCUACAAAGAAGUAUGCUGAUAUCAUUAUACCGCGUGGGGGAGAUAAUCAUGUAGCCAUUGACCUGAUUGUACAGCAUAUCCGCACGAAGCUUGGUCAACAUGACCUGUGUAAAAUAUAUUCCAAUUUAUAUGUCAUUCAGUCAACUUUUCAGAUACGGGGCAUGCAUACCCUGAUACGUGAUGCUCAGAUAACAAAGCACGAUUUUGUAUUUUAUUCUGACCGUUUGAUUCGUUUGGUUGUUGAACAUGGGCUGGGGCAUCUGCCAUUUACAGAAAAGCAAGUAAUCACUCCCACUGGUUCUGUAUACACUGGCGUGGACUUUUGUAAGAGAUUGUGUGGUGUCUCUGUCAUUAGGAGUGGGGAGAGUAUGGAGAAUGCUUUACGAGCAUGCUGUAAAGGUAUCAAGAUCGGGAAAAUUCUAAUUCACAGAGAAGGUGACAACGGUCAGCAGCUAAUAUACGAAAAGCUUCCAAACGAUAUCUCGGAUAGGCACGUUUUACUGUUGGAUCCUAUCCUUGGCACAGGUAAUUCGGCUGUACAAGCGAUCUCUUUACUUAUAAGAAAGGGUGUACCGGAGUCCAACAUUAUAUUUCUCAACCUGAUAUCUGCACCUCAAGGUGUUCAUGUGGUCUGCAAAAAGUUUCCUAGAAUAAAAAUAGUGACAUCUGAGAUUGAGAUUGGUUUGAAUAAAGAUUACCGCGUCAUACCGGGCAUGGGUGAGUUCGGCGACCGGUACUUCGGAACAGAUGAUGAUGAGCAGUUGGUGGUUCCUUCACAGUAGUUCCUUACUAGGGAAGAAAUUUCUACAAUGUUUUUUCAGCUUAUCAAAAUUAAAAACAACAGUAUCAUGGGAGAAAUAGGUUUAAGUGGCAGAAUUUUAGUUUUAAACAAAAUCUUGAAGUGAGCUUUGAGAACAUCAUCUCCUUGUGCUUUUGUUUGAGAAUGCUCAAAUGAAAAUCUCAUGUGUACCUAUUUACUAUAAUAACAGAACCAAGUUUGUCCUUUGAACUUA